AUGCCCGUGGGAGACGGACCAGUGACUAAUGAGACACAUGACUCCCUCGGACAUUUUUUUUUCUAUUCUCGCAUAAUUUUUAUUCAAGUGGGCCGACGGAGGCGUCCGAGGACCCAGGCGAUAUUGACAACGGACCCAAAUCUCGUAGAAACACUGCGAUUAUUCAUGAGAGUUUUGAUAAGCAAUAAAAAAGAGAUGAAAAUAUGUGUUUCCACUAUCCUAUCUGCGGUUCUGAGGAAGACAGUGUCACUGCACUAUUCUGGUUACGGAAAGGAAGCUGGCGGAAAGAAAAAGAAAAAUUUUUAUAACACUACAGUAUGCAAAGUACUGAUUGAUGUGAUAAUUGAGGUAAUAGGAUCCAGCACUGAUGAGAAGAAGAUAAUGUCAGAAGUAAGUACUUGGUUGUCACGUUCUGGCGAUCGAGAGGGUGGGCGUAAGGAACGACAACGCGGGUCAAGUCAUCAUAACGAGAAUAAUUCAGUUUGUUCCUUUGAUACCAAUCGAUAAUACUUCAUUUUUCCGGGAUAAAUGGAAUUGUAAAAUCACUGUGUUAAUAUGACUCCAUUAGUUCAUUUUCGUAAUUGUAUUAGUUGUGAUAUUCUUGAUAAAAGGUACGAUUAAUAGGAAAAGUUUAUAUUAUCAAUAUAUUUUUAUCGCGAGGCGUUUCAUUGGGCAGAAUAUAUAUUAAUAUAUGAAUAUUGUUUAGUAUUCGGCUGUCAUUGAAGUAUUAAUUAUAUUUAUUAUAUUUCUCCUGGCGAGGUCGGAAAUCCAGAAGAUGGAAAUAACAAUUGGAAAAUGUGAUGUAUCUUAGCAUAAUAAAGUAUUUUCUAUGUCAUUUCCUCAUAAGUUAGAUCACGGGAAUAAAUAUCCGUUGUUGGUUCAGGGAUUAAAUAUUAUGUCCAAAAGUUUAAAGGGAAAAAUAAUAAGUGGAUUUUUAAUUUUUAAGAAAAAUUCUAAUGAAAGUAAUUUCAGCCAUUGAGAGCUGUUUUCAGUAUUUGGUGAUUCAAGUCAAAUAAUAUUUAUAAGGUUGAAGUUUCACAAUCGGACUGCGUCCAUAUUCCCCAAAGAUUUCAAAUUUAAGGGUUGAAAUUAAUUAGUUAUAUGUAAUCCUAUCCAAGACUUUUUUAUAUUUCUAAGUUUGUUUGAAAGAGUGAAUAUAAUAAGCAAUAUUAUAUAGAACUAGCACACAAUCAAUGCAACUAAAUAUCAUUCUGUGUUCCGGAGUUGCAGAUGGAGAAAACAUUAUUGUAAAAAAAGGACGUCUUUCCGAGAUGAAAAAAUAAUUCUUAUCAGGAUAAUUCGUAUCAGCAAUUGUCUAUGGAUAUAAGAAUUAAUUCUUAUCAUCCAUAGCGGAAUAAAUUAUCCAUAAUAUUGCUAUUAUAAUGACUGUUUUCAUGCUUGAAUUGAAGCACGAUAAUUUAUCAAUUCUAAACUACUAAUUUAAAAAAUAACAUUGGUGCGUUAUUUUGUUGGAUAUUUUGUUAAUACAAUCUUCGAAUUCUGAAGACUGACUGCUAAUAUUAUUAGAUUGUAAGAGAGAGUUUAUUAAGACUUAAUAUGGUAUGUCGUAUUAAAUUUCGGAUUCAAAUGAUCUACGUAGAUUAUUUAUUUUAAAAGCGGAUGAAAAUAAUCCACAAAAGAUUUUUCUACAAUUUAUACCUGCAAUCAUUUUUUUGAGUUUUCAUAUUCUGUUCGCGGAAAAAUCUCAUAGUUGUGAUUAUCUUUCAUGAAAAUUGGAGAUACAAACACUGCAUAUCUUUAACUGUUCAACCAAAAUCGGAUGAAAACAUGUACUAUGUCGAUAGGAGGAAAAAAGUUUUUGAUUGGCUGAGUUUUUUUGUCAAUAGAUUUAAUAAAUUUAAAUAUAAGUUUUGUCACAUAAUAAAACUGUUUUCUGUAUAAUGUUGAAGGUAAUAAAUACAUGUCUGCUUAUCA